AUGAAAAUUUUUGUUUUUUUCCUGGUACUCGUUGCUGCUCUUGUAAGAGAAGUUGAACAAUCUGUGCAUGCUAAUGCCAAAAUGUUCCUUGCAGGAACAAAUGACUUCAUUGGAACAAUCGAUUUUUAUGAAGAGGAAGAAGCUUGGGGUGUUGUCAUUACUGGUUUUGUUAAUCGUCUGAGACCUAUGGCAACAUUAGGUUUUCAUAUUCAUUCACAACCCAUUGGAGACAAUCAUAAUUGUACAGCUGGUGGUUCCCAUUUCAAUCCGUAUAAUGUAUCCCAUGGAAUGCAGACAGAUGAACUUUUGAACCGGCAUGUCGGUGAUCUAGGGAAUAUUGAAACAAGUGUUGAUGGCGGAGCGUAUCUUGGAUUGGUUGAUCGAGUCAUUUCGCUAAACUUCAAUAACACAAGAAAUGUUAUUGGCUUGCCUCUCAUGAUUCACAAUUUGACUGAUGAUGGAGGUCAUACGGGCAAAGGUGAAAGUAACACAACUGGGAAUGCCGGUCCUCGCAUAGCAUGUGGUACAAUACUUUUUGGUUGA